GGAAGAAAGUAUGAUGGUCCCGAGGUGGACGUGUGGUCCCUAGGCGUCAUUCUUUACACUCUCGUCAGCGGCUCCCUCCCAUUUGAUGGCGAAAACCUACGUGAACUUCGAGAACGAGUACUCACCGGAAAAUACCGUGUCCCCUUUUACAUGUCCACCGAUUGCGAGGCACUGCUGCGGAAGAUGCUUCAUUUAAAUCCGCAAAAACGACACAGUCUGGAGUCGGUUAUGAAAGACAAGUGGAUGAAUACAGGGUACGAAAAUGAUCCACUGACCCCAUACGUCGAACCAACACCUAAUCUCGAGGAUCCCAGGCGCAUUGAAAUCAUGGUUAAAUUGGGUUUCAAAAGGCAGGACAUUAUCGAGUCCCUACGAUCGGAAAGCUUUGAUGCUAUUGCAGCCACAUACUUUCUCCUCGAUCCUCGGAAUUCGAGGGUGGAAUCUGACUCAAAUCGUAGCAGUGAAACCUCCCUGCGGUAA